UAUCUGAAGGAUGUUAAAUUGCCAUGCAUAGAUGCUGAUGUGAGUCUUUUGAUUGGAAACAAUGCAUACAAGGCCAUGGAACCCUGGAAAGUGAUAAACAGCCAGGACAGUGGACCAUAUGCAGUGAGAACACCACUCGGUUGGAUAAUAAAUGGACCCCUCAGAGAUCCCAAUGGAGCCUGCUCAGAAAUGGAAAAGCAACAACAGGUUACUGUUAAUAGAGUCAGUUUGGAAACAAUAGAAGAACUCACAAGGCAACAAUACAACCAUGACUUCCCUGAAAGAAACUGUGAUGACAAGUUGGAGAUGUCUCAUGAAGACAACCUUUUCAUGGAAAAAGUAACUAGCUCACUAAGUUCUAUCAAUGGUCAUUACUGUAUGAAGCUUCCUGUCAAACAUGAGUCUGUCACAAUGCCAUGCAACAAAAAAUUGGCUGAACAACGUGCAGUUAAUCUGAAAAGGAAAUUUCAAAGAAACCCAUUGUUCCAUGAUGAAUACAAAACAUUUAUUUCAAACAUGUUGGAGAUGGGCUACGCAGUACAAGUACCGAAUCAACAACUCAACAGACCGGAUGGAAGGAUUUGGUACAUACCACAUCAUGGUGUGUACCACCCUCGUAAAAAGAAGCUGCGUGUGGUUUUUGAUUGUGCUGCUUCAUUUCAAGGAACAUCCCUAAAUGACAUACUGCUACAGGGACCUGACCUUGCUAACUCCCUCAUUGGAGUCCUCACCCGGUUCAGGCAGGGUCCUAUUGCAAUGACAGCAGAUAUUCAAGCAAUGUAUCAUCAAGUAAAGGUUGCAAAUGAAGACACAGACCUUUUGAGGUUCUUGUGGUGGCCUGAAGGUGACUUCACAAGAACUUUAGAAGAGUUUAAGAUGAUUGUCCAUCCAUUUGGUGCCACAUCUUCACCUAGUUGUGCUAUGUUUGCACUAAGGAGAACAGCUGAGGAUAAUCAAAGCAAAUCAUCAUCAGAAACAGUGGAAACUGUACUAAAUAACUUCUAUGUUGAUGACUGCCUUAAGGCUGUGGAUACCACUGCUAAAGCCAUUGUUAUGGUUGAAGAAUUAACUGCAUUGUGUGCCACAGGAGGGUUUCAUCUAACUAAAUGGGCAAGCAACAGCCGUGAACUGUUGGCUACCAUCCCCGAAGAAGAGAGAGCAAAGGAGUUCAAAGAUCUGGACCUAAGUAAUGAUACAUUACCUAAGGAAAGAACGCUAGGAGUUCAAUGGUGCACUGAAAGUGAUGCUUUCACAUUUACUAUCAAUGUGAAAACCAGACCGAUGACAAGAAGAGGACUUCUCUCGGUGAUGUGCAAGAACAAACUUGGAUGGGAUGAAGAAAUACCUGAAGAAUUUGCAAGAAAAUGGAAAAAGUGGCUUGAUGAGCUUGACUUGCUUUCGAGCUUCAACAUUAACAGAUGCAUAAAACCACCUGAGUUCAAGUCUGUCAUUACAGCUAAACUGCAUCAUUUCUCUGAUGCAAGUGAGUUGGGAUACGGAACUGUCACAUAUCUCAGCUUAAAGAAUGAAGAAGGAAAAUUCCAUUCUGCUUUCAUCAUAGGAAAGGCCCGUGUUGCACCGAUAAAGCAGACUACAAUACCAAGAAUGGAACUUGCAGCUGCUGUCGUUGCUGUAAAAAUGGACAAAAUGUUGAGGAAAGAAAUGCAACUCGACUUACAAGACUCACAGUUUUGGACUGACAGCACUACAGUGUUAUCUUACAUCUCAUCUGAAACACACAGAUUCAAAACUUUUGUUGCAAAUAGAGUUGCAAUUAUAAGGGACAACACAAAACCAUCUCAGUGGAGAUAUGUUAAUACUUCCCUCAAUCCAGCAGACUGUGCAUCACGUGGGUUGACAGCUGAAGAUUUUAUGAAAAAUGAGAAAUGGAUAAAUGGCCCAGCAUUUCUUCAAAGUCUGGAAGAGUCAUGGCCUGAAGGUCAUGAAAGUAAACCUGUGGACCAAGAUGAUGUUGAGUUGAAGAAGAAACUAAAAGUAAACUUAACAUUGACAACAAGUGCUCCAUGCCCUAUUAACCAACUGAUUGAGUACUAUUCCAGUUGGUACAAGUUAAAAAAGGCUAUAGCAUGGAUGCUAAGGCUCAAAGAAAUCUUAUUACAACUUAGCCAGCAAAGACAACUCAUCCAAAAGACAACCAGUAUGAUACGGUCAAGAGGAUGAAUGAGUAC